AUGGCGACCCAGGCAGUUCAGGUGUUCGGCAAGAAGAAGAAUGCCACAGCCGUUGCGCGCUGUGUGCAAGGCAAGGGCCUGAUCAGGGUCAACGGCAAGCCGCUCAAGCUGUUCGCCCCCGAGAUUCUCCGGGCAAAACUCUACGAGCCCAUCCUCCUCCUCGGCACCGACAAGUUCGCCGAGGUUGACAUCCGCAUCCGGGUCGCUGGUGGUGGUCACACGUCGCAGGUUUAUGCAACGCGCCAGGCUGUCGCCUACUACGCCAAGUACAUCGAUGAGCACUCCAAGAACCUCCUCAAGACCGCUCUCAUCCAGUUCGACCGCAGCCUGCUAGUCGCCGAUCCUCGGCGCUGCGAACCCAAGAAGUUCGGUGGAAGGGGUGCUCGCGCGAGAUUCCAGAAGUCCUACCGUUGA